CUGGAUGACACACAGAUGGUGGUGGAACAAACAACGGUGACAGAGACACACACCACCAGCACACAAGGCACGCUCGCACUCACGCACUCACAUUAGGCAGGCAGGCAGGCAGGGAUGACUGUCGUGUCACUGCCGUCGCUUGCAGCAGCGCGAUGGUGGCGGUGGUGGCGGUGGCAGGGGAGUGGGUGUCGAGGUAAAGUUGUGGAGAGGGUGGCAGCUCUCCAUCAUGUAAUACGAGCGCAAAGACUCGUCACCAUCCCUCGCACACAAAUCCGAUCCCUAUCAGCCAAGAGCAACAGUCGUAGUGGCCGAAGUGGGGGUGGUGGCCGUAGUGGGGGUGGUGGUGGUGGGAAGGCUAGCACGACGGCAGCAGAAGAACCAAAGGCAGCAGCAACCACAACAACGACACCAGCGACAGCCACAGCAACAACAGCGACAACGACGACAACUGCCACAGCCAGCCCAGCACGAGAUGGCAGGCGCAUGAACCUGUGCGGGGUGCAGAUGCUGCCGCUGUUCUUGUGGGAGCCCUUGUUCAGGGCAAAUGAACGCGCAAUGCAAUACCUGCUGUCUCCAACCGCACAGGCCGCAGCAGAAAAGAUCGAGAAGCACCUGAAGGCCUUUGAUCUCUGGGACAAGACCGCGGACCCCUUGCCAACGAUCCCACAGUUUCAGCUGCCACCGCUCCAGGGCGCCACCAUCCUGGACCACUUUCAGAACAUCGGGCUCAUGCAGGUGUCCGGUGAGCGCCGCGCCGCCGCAGAGCUCAUGCGCGCAGACCUCCCGCCCAUCCCAGAUCGCUUCGUCAUCCAGCCGGGAUGGACCAAGUACACCUUCGUCUCUGCUGACAGUGCACAUGGUGGCACCGCGCCGCUGGCGCAGUACACAACCAAACAGGUGACGGCUCCUCUCACGCCCGGCAAGAACACGCCCACAGCCAUAGUCUUUGAUGUGGAAACAUCGAGCUACCAUGACAACUACCCUCUCGUCGCCACUGCCGUCACGACAGAUGCGUGGUAUGUCUGGAUUUCACGCGCCAUCUGCAACACCAACGGCAACAACAGCAGCAACACCGCCGAUCCAGCACCAAAGGAGCUGAUUCCUUUGACGGGUGGUGAUCUGAACACGCGCGCGGUGGUGGUUGGCCACGCUGUAUCGUAUGACCGCGCCCGCACUCUCGAGGACUACGCACUCCGCUCAAGCAAACUCGAGUGGCUGGACACGAUGUCACUGCACAUGGCGGUGGCGGGAUUCAGUUCACAGCAGCGGAAACCGUGGGCAGAGGCCAGGGAUGCUGCUGCACACGCUGCUGCCGCGGCUGCUGCUAAUGAUGAGGAGGAGCCACCUGGCUGGAUGGCGCACUCAUCCCCAGCGUCGCUGGCUGACUGCCACGAACACUGGGUUGGAACACCGCUGGAUAAGAGCGAUCGAGACCUCUUCGUGAACGGCACAAUGGCGGAAAUCAAGGAAAAUGUGCAGGAUGGUAUUGCCUACUGCGCCCGUGACGUGCGCGCAACACAUGAUGUCUUCAAGAAGGUGUUUGACGCGUAUGUGUCGCAGUUUCUCGGUCAUCCGGCGUCCAUGUCCGGAAUGCUCGAAAUGGGGAAGGCGUAUCUCCCAACCACACAGGAAUGGAACACGUACACAAAGACGGCUGAGGAGACAUUUCACAACACCGUCGAUCACGAUGGCGGCAUUGAGGUGACACCGCGCAAGACCAUUGCGCCAUACCUCUACCGCCUCAAAUACGUCGACGUAGAGCGAACGGGGGAGUCGUUCCCGCUGUAUUACCACGAGCAGCACAAAUGGGGAUAUCUUGUUCCUCGCAGACUCGCAGGAUCACACGAGGGCAACGGCCCUCACGAUUGGAAGUCGCCCAACGACAUGAUGCACCUGACACACGCGUAUUUCAAGCUGCCACAUAAGGAUGGUGACAAGGCUCGGUGCGGGUCGCCGUUUGCAAAGGAGUACAUGGCGCUCGUGGAGGAUGGCCGUCUCAAGUCGCACUCUGAGGAGGCUGCUCAGGUUCUGUCUGCCAUGAGCGCGUGCAGUUACUGGAGCUCUGCUCGCAACAGAAUUCUCUCGCAAUUCGUCGUCUGGGAGGAUCUCGUUGGCUCGAGCAUGCGCGAAUGGAGCACAGAUCGCAUCACUCCUCCUCCUUUGCCUUCGACUGCCACCACCACGAACGGGGCCGACGAGCAGGAUGGAGAUGGGAAGAACGGCAAUGCAGCAGCAGCCGAUACGCGAGGUGUGAUACUGCCGUUCAUCACGACCAUGGGGACCAUCUCACGGCGCGCGCGAGAGAGCACGUGGCUGACGGCGUCCAACCCUAAGCCAAACCGCAUCGGCUCGGAGCUCAAGGCGAUGGUGCGCGCGCCGCCUGGCUGCAAGUUCGUUGGCGCGGAUGUCGACUCGCAAGAGCUCUGGAUUGCAGCAUUACUUGGAGAUGCACGCUUCACUGGCAUUCACGGAUCAACAGCGCUCGGGUGGAUGACACUCCAGGGGAGCAAGAAGGACAAGUCCGACAUGCACACCAAGACGGCUGAAAUCGUGGGAUGCCACACCGGCGGAUCAAAGAUCUUCAACUAUGGCCGCAUCUACGGUGCAGGCCGGCCGUUUGCGAAAGGCCUGAUCAUGCAGUUCAACCCAACAAUCAAAGAGGACGAAGCAAAGACGCUCGCAAAUGAACUCUACGACAAAACAAAGGGUCAGAUGACCAGCCUUGGAUACAGCGGCGGGAGCGAGAGCGAGAUGUUCAACCAGCUUGAAGAGAUUGCAAACCGCAAGGUCCCAAAAACACCGUUCCUUGGCUUUCGGCUGACAGCGGGGUUGCAGCCACGAUACCUGGCAAAGAAAGGACGAAAGAAGGCAACGGAUUAUCUGCCAACGCGAAUCAACUGGGUGGUGCAGUCCUCCGCUGUUGACUAUUUGCACCUCAUGCUCGUCUCAAUGAAGUAUUUUAUCACACAAUACGACAUGAAGGCGCGGCUGUGCAUCACCAUCCACGACGAAGUUCGAUACAUUGUUGCAGAUGAAGAUGUGGCCAGGUUUGCGUUUGCGCUUCACUUGACGAAUUUGUACACACGCGCAGCGUUUGCGGCGUCCAUUGACAUGUGGGAUCUGCCCCAGGGGGUGGCGUUCUUCUCUGCUGUUGAUGUGGACACUGUACUGCGAAAGGAGGUGGAUCAAGACGUGCGGACGCCGUCCAACAAACACAAUGUCCCACCAGGGUACACACUCGACUUCCUUCAGGCUGGCGAAGCGUGUGGUUGGAGUCUGGAGAAGCCGGCGGCGUGAAUGCUGUGCACGUGAAUUUGUGUGUGUGUGUGUGUGUGUGUGUGUGUGUGUGUGUGUGUGUGU